AUGUCCCUCGAAAAAGUACUCAAGAGCAUGUCCGCCCUCGAGCCCCUUCCCCUCGACGCGACCCCAAAGACACGCAAGACAUUUGAAAAGUCUCUUAUGAAUCGCCAUCGCCUUUCCGGCCUCAUCCACAUGCACACGAGUGGGCUCCUGGCGGCAUCCGGAAUCGACGUUGUCAAUUCCCAACUCGACUGGACCGAUCCGCAGAUCGACAACAGUGGUCCUACUACUGCCGAAGCUCGGUACGACGAAAUCAUGGAAGCCCUGGAUGAUCCCAUGUUUCUCCCGGAGGAAUGGCUCCAACCCAUUCUCAAACCAAUGAAGGGCACGUUUCAGCAGAUGGAGCACCAAGCCUUUCUCCACCUUGUCCGAGGAUACUUUCCAGCAAAGUCUGUAGAGGAAUUGGGUGAACUCUUCGACGGGGCUCGCGGCGAUGAUGUCAAUCUCUUAGCCUUCGCCGCCAGCAUAGCGCUGGAAACCAAUCUGGACCCAACCGCCCGCCUCCACGCACGCGAGGCGAUCAUGCAGUCCAUCGACGCGUCCGACAACAGUCAGUCGUUCGUCUCGUCAGUCAUACGCUCCAUACAAUGCCUUCGAUUCGCCGCCGAAUGGGCUCUACUCCCCAGCCUUCCAGGCGGCCGCCUCUGGAAGACGCAGUACCGCACAGACGCCUUCAGCAAACAUAAUGCCGAGUUUGUCGCCACCGAUCACACUGCCCAAGAGUUCAACAAACGCUUUUCUGCCUUCACCAAUCGGCACGAAAGGGUAAUCACCGCAAGGAAUGAUCUUCGCAGAUUGUUUUCUGUGUACGGCCCAGCGAUCUUGAUGCAUCCUGCGUGGUCGCCAGUCGCCUCGUACAACACGAGCACGACGGGGCGGUCGACCACCUUUCCAGGCCUUCUCAGCCUUUUUCUGCACGGGCCGCCUGAGUUUUCUCAAGACUACCACGAGGAGAAUGAUAAAGCUUUCAAGCAACUGAUCAAGAUCCUCCUGCCCACUUAG